AUUACAGGUCCAACGAAAGAAAUACAUAUGGAACGCUUAGAAGCUGUAUUAAAACGGUUACAAGAAGCAGGCCUUCGACUGCAGCAGCAGAAGUGCGAAUUUUUCCGUGAAAGUGUGACUUAUCUAGGUUUUGUCAUCGACAAAAAUGGCUUGAGAACAUGUCCAAAGAAGGUUGAGGCUAUAACAAAAUGCCCGCCGCCGACAAAUGUACGGGAAAUAAAACGGUUCCUAGGUAUGAUAAAUUAUUAUAGGAAGUUUAUUCCGAACGCAUCGACGAUCCUAAGUCCGUUGAAUGAGUUGGUUUGUGAUGACGUAACGUGGGAGUGGGGCCAUAGGCAACAGGCCGCGUUCGAUCAGAUCAGACGAGAGCUCACGUCCGACCGCGUGCUGACUCAUUUUGACCCGGCAGCUCGCCUGGUGCUGACCGUGGACGCGGGCCCGGCGGGGCUGGGGGCGUGCCUGGCGCAGGGCCCCGACGGACAGGAACGACCGUUGGCAUUUGCCUCGAGGACACUCUCAGCGAGUGAGAAAAAUUAUAGUCAAAUCCAAAAGGAAGCGACGGCUAUAAUUUAUGGUGUAAAGUACUUCCACCAAUAUUUGUAUGGGCGUGAUAUUCCGUUUGUACUUAAGACCGACCAUAAGCCACUUAUCGCUAUCUUUGGUAAAAAAAACGGAGUUUCAGUGAUGGCGGCUUCUAGAUUACAAAGGUAUGCGAUAUAUCUAUCCGCAUAUAAUUAUGUAAUACAGUACUUACCGUCGGAGAAAAAUAUAGUUGCAGAUUAUUUUUCUCGAGCACCACUGCCGGUGCGACACACGGAGCUGGAGGACGCGGAGGACGCCGCGGCGGCUCCUCUGCACUUUCUCGAUGAGUCAACGUUACCCGUAUCAGUUGAUGACGUCAGGACGGCCACAGCGGCUGAUCGAACGCUUCAGACAGUCAUUAAAUACAUGUUAAAAGGGUGGCCUCGCAAGGUAACUUGCGCCGCUAUACAGCCGUACUUCCGUUGCAAAUCCGACUUAGAAGUAGAAGACGGUUGCUUACUGCGUGGCCACAGGGUUGUCAUACCGAGUUUGUUACGGGAACGUCUUAUGUACGAGUUACAUAAAGGACAUUUUGGCAUUGUAAAGACGAAAAGUUCAGCUCGAAGUAGGAUGUGGUGGCCUUAUAUUGAUAAGGACAUUGAGCAGUGUAUAGGUAACUGUAGCACGUGCACCGCACUGCGCCCCGCGCCGCCGAGCGCCGCCCCCGCGCCCUGGCCGCGGCCCCCCGGCCCGUGGUGGCGCAUACACAUCGAUUACAUGACUAUUGGGCAAAGGGUAUACUUAAUUGUUGUAGACGCGUUCAGUAAAUGGCUAGAGUGCUUCCAUAUGAGCAGCGGAACGUCCACACAGGCUCUUAUUUCAAAAUUAAAGUACCUAUUCUCCAGAUUUGGUUUGGUAAAAGUUAUAUGUUCAGAUAAUGAUGCAAAAAUUAAAACAGUAGAAUUUAGAAAAUUUUGUGAUGUUAAUGGUAUUGAACACGUGACAUCGCCCAUAUAUCACCCAGCCAGCAACGGCCAAGCGGAAAAUUCUGUUCGUACCUGUAAGAAAAUGCUCAAAUGUAUAUUAAGUAAACCUUCUAGAUGUGUCGAUGAGGACUUGCUCGGGUACUUGUUCCAAUACCGAAACACCGUACAUUGCGCCACCGGCUUGACCCCGGCAAAGUUGAUGUAUGGACGAGAUCUGCGCUGUAGAUUAGAUUUAGUUGUACCAGCUAAAAAUACCGAUAACACCAGAAACAGGUUUUUGCAGUUGUCAGGCAGGCUCUGGUUUCCGUCGUCCUGUUUUUAUAUUUUUGUGUCGGGGGUGUAG